AUGGAGAACCACACUGCCAACGUUCAGAAUGUCACCUCGCUUGUAAACAUGACCAGGAUGCCUCUGAACCCAAUGGAAGAGCAGGUUGUGACCAUAUUUCUCACAAUACUCAUCUGUGGCGUCGGGAUUGCCGGUAACAUCAUGGUGGUGCUGGUGGUUCUGCGUACCAAGCACAUGGUGACUCCGACCAACUGCUACCUCGUCAGUCUGGCGGUGGCUGAUCUCAUCGUGCUUCUAGCCGCUGGUCUGCCCAACAUCUCUGAUGUGGUAGCUUUCUGGAUAUACGGCUACACGGGAUGCUUGUGUAUCACCUAUCUGCAGUACCUGGGCAUCAACGUGUCGUCUUGCUCCAUCACCGCGUUCACCAUCGAACGAUACAUCGCCAUUUGA